CGCCAUUUCCAGUCCUCCUGCUUAGUUUCCAAGUUUCUUUUUUUUUUUUUCCUUUCCUCCAAUUUUUGAAGAUUUUUUGUGCUUAAUAUUCAUAAUAAACUUCGAAUUUUGAUCAAGUAUCGUGAUUAUACGAAACAGAAAAAGUUUUGAAUUCACAUAACGAUGACUACAAUGGAGAGUUUGAUUGGAUUGGUUAACAGGAUACAGAUGGCUUGCACAGCCCUCGGCGAUUAUGGGGGCGACGAUGAAGCUUUUUCUUCCCUCUGGGAUGCCCUCCCUUCUGUUGCCGUUGUCGGUGGCCAGAGUUCAGGAAAGUCAUCCGUGCUGGAAAGUAUAGUAGGGAGAGAUUUCCUUCCACGAGGCUCCGGGAUUGUUACGAGGCGGCCAUUGGUGUUGCAACUACACAAGAUCGACGAAGGACAGGAAGAAUAUGCAGAAUUUGCACAUUUGCCAGACAGGCGAUUUACUGAUUUUUCCUUGGUUCGCAAGGAAAUUCAGGAUGAAACAGAUAGAGUCACAGGGAAGACCAAACAGAUUUCUCCCAUUCCUAUUCACCUCAGUAUUUAUUCCCCCAAUGUUGUCAACUUAACUCUAAUUGAUCUCCCUGGUUUGACCAAAGUUGCUAUUGAGGGACAACCUGAAAGUAUAGCACAAGAUAUUGAAGCUAUGGUUCGAUCUUUUGUUGACAAGCCCAACUGCAUCAUACUAGCUAUAUCUCCGGCAAACCAAGAUAUUGCCACAUCUGAUGCUAUUAAACUUUCCAGGGAAGUCGACCCGAUGGGUGAACGCACAUUUGGAGUGCUGACAAAAUUAGAUUUGAUGGACAAAGGAACUAAUGCUCUGGACGUUCUUGAAGGAAGAUCUUAUCGUUUACAGCAACCCUGGGUUGGAGUUGUGAAUCGUUCACAAGCAGAUAUCAACAGAAGUGUGGAUAUGAUACUUGCACGACAAAAAGAAAAAGAAUAUUUUGCCACAAGUCCUGAUUAUGGGCACUUGGCUAGUAAAAUGGGUUCAGAGUAUCUUGCUAAACUUCUCUCAAAGCACUUGGAAUCCGUAAUUAGGGCAAGAAUACCGAGUAUCACCUCAUUGAUUAACAAAACCAUCGAGGAACUUGAAUCUGAGUUGGACCACCUUGGAAGGCCUGUCGCUAUUGAUGCAGGGGCUCAAUUAUAUACCAUUUUGGAUCUUUGUCGUGCUUUUGACCGGAUAUUCAAGGAGCAUCUGGAAGGAGGCCGACCAGGAGGCGAUCGAAUAUAUGGAGUUUUUGACAAUCAGCUGCCUGCUGCGUUGAGGAAACUUCCACUUGACCGGCAUCUUUCGAUGCAGAAUGUGAGGAAAGUUGUUUCAGAAGCAGAUGGUUAUCAGCCCCAUUUGAUUGCUCCUGAGCAAGGUUAUCGACGGCUUAUUGAGGGAGCCCUAAAUUAUUUUAGGGGACCCUCUGAAGCGACGGUUGAUGCUGUACACUUCGUCUUGAAAGAACUCGUAAGGAAGUCGAUGGAGGAGUGUCAGGAGUUGAAACGGUUUCCAACUCUGCAAUCAACAAUAGCUGCAGCAGCAAAUGAAGCAUUGGAAAGGUUUCGUGAGGAUAGCAAGAAAACAGUCAUUAGAUUGGUCGAUAUGGAAGCUUCUUAUCUGACAGUUGAAUUCUUCCGGAGGCUUCCGCAGGAAGUGGAGAAAGGGGGAAAUCCAGCUGCUACAACUGUGGAUCGCUAUUCAGAGGGCCAUUUUAGGAGGAUCGGGUCUAACGUAUCAUCUUAUGUGAACAUGGUAUUAGAGACUCUAAAGAAUUCGGUUCCCAAGGCAGUGGUUUAUUGUCAAGUUAAGGAAGCAAAACAGUCUCUACUCAAUCACUUUUACACUUAUAUUGGGAAGAAAGAGGGUAAGCAACUCGUGGACUUGUUGGAUGAAGAUCCAGCACUGAUGGAAAGAAGAUUGCAAUGUGCCAAAAGGCUUGAACUGUAUAAGAAAUCAAGGGACGAGAUUGAUUCAGUAUCUUGGGUUUGAUGAAGCUAACACCCGAUUUAUGCAAUAAUUGAAUUCGCGAUUGAAGGGUAAUUCCAUCUUCUUGAUUAUCUAAAGAUAUUCUCAUUUUUGUCCAGUUCAUUUUUACCUGUUUUAGACUUUGAUGGUAGGUUUUUGUAUACCUAACAGUUGUGCCUAUAACUGAAACUUGCAGCCAAGUGCAUUGUAGUUUUGUAAUUUCAUAUGUUGGCAGUGAAAAUGUUUUAGUACAAGAAACUAGUUUGUGAGUGUUGUACCUUCAAGCUUUUAAUUUUUUAUGGAUUGUGGCUUGGACACAUUUGUAUAUAGUUAUACUACAUUGAUGACCGAUAUAUAAUUUUGUACA